UUAAGUACUGUAACUACUAAUAUUCAUAAUUAAGAUUAAGCUAUGGUAGGCUUAAACAACAGCCAAGUAGUAGUAGAUUGUAUGCUAGUAGAGAUCUAGCUCUACGCAAAAAAAAUGAGAUCGACUUCUAGCAGCUGCUGCAACGCAUCGUCUAGAAAAAGCAAUAGCGACAAGCAUUCAAUCCCACCAAGAAUCUUAUCUUCUCCACGCAUCCACCCAGCGUUUUGCCGACCAGCACCACCAGACGGAUUCCCCACCAGACCUCCUCCUCCCGCGCCUCCGCCACAGGCCCAGCCUGCCCCCGCGCGCGCAGUCCGGCCGCCAGCUAGGAGCCCAUACACAAGCCAGCCGCGCUGCACAACGCUGCCGCCCGUACGCCGCCCCCAGCACCAACCACGCCAGAGCAAGGAGCUCCCCUCGACCCCGGGCGCCUGCCUCCUGUCCGGCGACCAACCGCUGCUCUGCUGACCUUCUCCCUCUCCAUUCCUUCCUCUUCUGGAUCUCUCCCUCACCUCUCACCUCCCCGUAUCUUUUCUGUAUAGGGAGCAUCACACCCGCGCCAUGGACCUCCGACCCCGACGCCUAAGCUCCCGAUGCUAUUCAGCGCCAGAUCCGCGCCGCCCCACCUUCUCGGACCAUGUCGGGAGCCGCCGUCAGGAGCACCCGCGGCGUCCAAGCGCAAGUCCCGCUCGAUACGAGCGCCGCUCCUCCACUGCAGACUACGACGGCCGCCCCAGCUUUGCUCCAGCGGCCCACGACUCUGUUCUGCAUUCCCGAGGCAAGGGCGAUUACUGCCGUACGGCUCUUCUAGGCGGGCCCCCGAUGUGGGGAAGGACUGAUGCACCGGCGACGCGCAGCGACGUGGGGGGUGGGCCGGCGACACACGGCGGCGCGAGGGUGGGCCGGCGGCGGCAGGAGGUGGAGAUGGGAUUGGGAGGUAGGGACGUGCGGGUGGGUUGGUUAUUUAUUUUAUUUUUUCUCUCUUAUUAGUACCGCUUCAGGUUGAGUUAUAAUAGUACUGCGGGUUGAAUACCCAGGGGGUUUUCUGUAAAAACGCCGAUGACGUACGACCAGAAACCCUACGUGCUUUUUUAUUACUAGCACACAUGCUCGUGCUUUGCAACGGGAUAUACGCAUUUCAGUGGUUUAACAUGCAUCAUCGGUAACGCUACACUCUCGAAUAAACUCCUUUUGUCCCUAUAAUAUUUGUAAAAUAGAGAAAAGAAAACAGUUUCCACAUUAGAAGAUAGCACUGCCCCUGGCAAUCCAAGCGUUCAUGGCAUUCUCGGACAGCAAGCAGGAAGCAAAAUCUGGAGCAAGCAAUACAUGGAGCAAACAAGAACUUUUUGGAAUUCAGACACUUGCAUCUUCAAAAUGGUGUACUACUCCUGGAGCAAGUAACAAGCAGCAAAGCAAUACAUGGAACAGAGAAUGGCGAUGGCAACAGCGUGGACGAGGGAGAAGAGGCUGCCGAGCGUUGCUCUCACUCUCACUGUCCCGCUGCAACAGGGAGCCGUCAUGGCCAUCGACGCCAACUGCCGCCGCCUGCAGGCCUCGCUCCGAUCCAGCCGCCCAAGACCUCUCCGCCCCAGUUCCAUCCCAUCCUCGCCGGCCACCGCAGCUCGCCGCCUCGCCUGCCGGAGCCCCGCGUCCCAGCCGCCGUCACCCGAGCUUGGCCAUGGCGCCGCCAACAGGAGCUCCGCCCGCCUCCGGCCAUGUCCUCGGCCGGCUCCUGUAGCCCCGCGCCCGUCCCGGCCUCCUCCACGCCAAGCAGCAGCUCGUCGGAGCACGAGCUCCACCGUCUCCCGCCGCCGCCCUGCUCCGUUCAUCGCCUUCUCCGCAAGAUCCGGCGAGGCCCUGCUUUCCCAGCCUCGUCCCCGCCACCAGGUCGCCGCGCCGCCCCACCGGAGACCAGCAGCGCCGUCGCACUCCGUGUCCUAUCCCUGCUCGUGUACGUGCGCAGGAGACGCGCCAGGUCGCCUCGCUUCAGGCCUCCUCCUCGCCCGUGGGCCACCAGCACCGAGCCGGCUUUCUGGUGAGACCCCAGUCCUGCCUCAGCCACUACGCCUGAAGCCGCCCCGCCGCAGCUCGCCUCCUCGCGUGCCUCGCCCCAACUGAGCACACCGGCCGCCUUAUCCUCCUCCGCCGCGACGCCUCGGCCCGAGAAGGCGCCUCGCCAAGCAGCGGGAGGAGUUGCGGGCUAGGCUCACCUGCCGCAAGCGCGCCCGCGAGCUCACCCCCGUGCCUGCCAAGGCCACCUUCGGGCCUUCGGCGACUCCACGACUCCCUGUCCGCCGCGCCCUCGAACGCCCGCCACAAGGCCGCGCCCCAUUCCUGGCCUCGGGCGGCGUGGAAGCCGGCGGCAAGCGGAGGCGCGUGCCAGGCAGUGGAGGACGGCUCGCGGGCGUCAGCGGCAAGCGGCGUGCCCGGCGGUGGAGUACGGCAAUGGAUAAGCGGCGGCGGAGAACGCAAUGGACGCAGUAGGCUUUUUGCAAAAUCCAACCGUUUUCUUCAGUAACACAUUAAAAUAAGAC